CCCGUCAUCUGCAUCAUCCACGUCGUCCUCCGUCCACGUGAAAGCAAUGGGAAGCAGUCAGGCGUCCUUCAUCUGCGCGCUCUUUCGUCGAAGGCAUCCUUCGUUUACGUCGUCGUUGAUUCCGGUUUGCGGACCAGAUGCCCCCACGGGGCGCGUCGGCGAGGGGCAGGAAAGAUGGCGGGGCGGGCGACGGUGGGGAAACCAACAAAGGCAGAGGCCACAUACCGAAGUCGAAAAGGCAACGCAUCGAUGACGCCAGCUCCUCACAAACUGAUGACUUCGUCGCAGACGAAGUGGCUAUGGUGGACGCGCAAGGGACGACAGGGGUCGCGAGGUUGGGUUUCGGGCGGGAUGGAGUGUCGAGGGAGCAACUGCUAGCAGUAAAACGCAGCGUUGUUGGCGGUGCUGCCGGGACGUGCCAAGGACCCCAAACCCGGCAGGGGUUGUCGUCACGGGCGCGCGGGUCGCGGGACAACUUUCGGCAGCGGCUGGCCAAGGGUCCUGGGAAACCUCUGAGGGAGGCGGUAGGCGAAUGCACCGACUACUUCGUCGCCAUCGCCAACGGAGACGCAAGAGCUGAGCCGCCUUCGAUGCUCAUCAUGCCCCCGAAUGACGUGCCGCACUUCAAGAUCGAUGACCCAGCGCAGCGUGAUCCGGCUUUCCGCAGAGCGCGCAGCGUGGAGAGAGUAGUGUUGCGCACCAUCCACGGUUGGAUCUUUAAAUCGCAGUCGAGGUCGACUGGCUUCUCUCGUGCAGAGUCCUACAUCACCGUCGACUUCGCCACGGACCUCGCACGAGCAGUUUGGCAGGCCUUGGAAUGGUCGAGAGUGGACGACAUGGCGGCGCGGAAGGAAGCGACAGUUGUUUUGCUGGCGGAGUGCUGGACUGAUGCGCUCUGGUGCGGACAGUGGGCGGAUAGCGGGCGCGUAAAACAGGAGAGGUUGUCCAGGCUGGCGGACAGUCUGCGAGCAUUGUUGUGCGCGGUCAUGUGGAUCAUGCGCAUGGGAGGUGACGACGACCGAUCGCAUUACGAGGCACGGUCGUACGCGUCCAUGGUCGCGAAACCGACGAUGAUAGCGGCGGGGUCGUACAUCUUCAACUGGCGCCGACACGUGGUGGACUCCGCCAACCUCGUCCUCGAUCGUCUAGGAAAGGCCCACCUCACGCUGGGAGAUUACCCGCAAUGCGUUCCAGAAUGGUGUGAUUGCGGGUUGGCGUUCGGGCACAACGCUGCCCUGAAGAACGCGGCGGAGGCCGCAAAACACGGGUGGAUCGGCAGCGGGCCCGCGGCGGAUGACGAUGGAGAUGAUGGCAAGUGACACGUCAACUCGAGCAGAUGGCAGCGAGUAGGUGCGCAUCGUCG